UAAAUUCCCCAACUGUCGACAUAACCAAAACCUAAUAAACUCAAUUUUACCAAUUAUUGAAGCCAAAAAACGUAUUAUGCAUGCAUUUAAUGAUUUGGAUGAUAUAUUCCUUAAUGGCCCGAUUUUGUUUGAAGAAAUAAUUUUAUCUGAUUUUAAUAUUUUUCGUUUAACUGGGAAUUUCUCGCCAAAUCCAAUUCCAAUACCUUUUGACGAAUUAAAUAGUUGGGAAUCUUCAGUACAACGUGAAGGAUUAUUUAAUAGUAGAGCUCAAAAAUGUGUUCUUGUUGACAGACUUUUACUUGUUGUUAUAGCUAAAUCUAUGCCUGUUUUUGAAAAAUUGACCUUAUCUGAUCAGGUAUCACGUACAAAAGAAUUUUGGCAAAGAGUUUCGUGUUAA